UCUACAGAUAAUAAAAUUUGCAUCUCGGAAAAACAAGAGAGUUAACUUCAGAUCUAUGUAUGCAAAUUAUGGGACAUGUGUGGUGUCCAAAAAGGUGUUCAACACGCGUUAUUCUACAGAAGUUUCGGUGCUUAAUGCUUAAUGUUUGAUUCAUUCUAGUAUUAGCAUUUUAUAAUAUGCUUACACGAUCAGAGUUUGUUAGUCUUCCACCUUGACCUGCUGCGUUUUGAGGGUACAUUCCUGCGCAUAUAAACAAGAGCAGGAACAGUAUUUGGAGGACAAAACAGUCUCUUGAAGGGUCAACGAGUCUUCUAAGUGAGGUUUGAACUCUGAAAGCAAUCUUGCCAGAAAAAAAGUGUAUAGAGGGAUAGCAUUUUCAAAAUCACAUGUUUAAGAAAAGGGUAAUCUGGUGAAAGAGUUCACAUAGGGUCAAUGGUCUUCUGAGGCUUGAACCACGAACACGGACUUGUUGAAAAAAAUAUAUAUGAACAGAGGGAUAGAUGUAACAUUUUCAAAAGUCAUGUGCUUCUGAGUUAAACUUGUUCAUACUGCUGCUGCAAAGAGUUGCUGAUGACUACUACUAUACUACUACUCUGACCAGUGACCAAGUUUAUAAUGUGGGCGGCUACUAAUGAAUUCAAGACAUGGCAAAGCCUUGGAUCACAAAAGGGUGCAGUGGAAACACGUCACCACGCACUUAUGAAACUCAGAUCCAUGUCAGUCUCAGCCAGUCCAACGCCACUAUUAGGGGAUCGACUGUGUGAGAAUGGAUAUGAAUGUGUUAAAAUUCUCCCAGCCACCAAUGAUGCACAUGGAGGAGUCAUUGUGGACUUAAAGGAGCCUAUGGACUCCGAACUUUUUGCUACUUUGCUUAGAUCUUCACUUUUACAUUGGAAAAAACAGGGUAAAGAUGGCGUUUGGAUCAAGUUACCAAUCGAGCUUGUUAAUCUAGUUGAAACUGCUGUUAAGGAGGGUUUUUGGUACCACCAUGCAGAACCAAACUAUCUAAUGCUAGUUUACUGGAUUCCCAAAACUGGCUGCACAAUACCUCCAAAUGCUUCCCAUUGUGUAGGAGUUGGCGCUAUUGUCUUGAAUGACAAGAAAGAGGUGCUUGUGGUUCAGGAAAAAAGAGGUGGAUUCCAUGGCAUUGGUGUUUGGAAAAUACCCACUGGAGUGGUUGAUGCAGGUGAGGAGAUUUUUGAAGCAGCUAUCAGAGAAGUGAAAGAAGAGACAGGAAUUGAUACAGAAUUCAUGGAAGUACUAGCAUUCAGACACACACACAAUUCAUUCUUUGGAAAAUCAGAUCUAUCUUUUGUUUGCAUGCUGCGUCCUCUUUCUUUUGACAUCAAAAAGCAAGAUCUGGAAAUUGAAGCAGCUCAGUGGAUGCCAUUCGAGGAAUUUGCUGACCAACCAUUCAAUCAGAUGCACGAACCCUUCAAGUACAUGAUAGAAUUAUGCUUGGCAAAGGUGGAAAAUGGCUAUGAUGGAUUCUCUCCGAGGCCUGUCUCAUCAUAUUUCGUGGAGGAGUUGAAUUGUCUGUAUUUGAACAGCCAUGACCUCGACAACACUUCUUGAGUUUUCCAAAUCAACCUUUGUCAUUCGUAAAACUUGAUUUUGAUGUUUCUUUCUUGUAAAACAUGUUGGAAUUCCUGCAUUACCAUUUUCUAAUUAUUGAAUUAAAUUUUCAUCAUUAAGAUUAAUGCUGUUUAACUGUUGAAUUUAGUUGUUUGAACUUGAAUGUGUUUCAUCUGAUGCUUAAAUGAAGAGUCUCUGUUCUUGUCUGAUGAUUAUUACAUUGUUGUCUUUUUCGAACCUGUGUUUGUUUGUGCCUUCGUUCUUCAAUCCAUAAUUCGGGCAACACUGUGAACAAUUCAAGCAAAUGGAAAAGGGUUUCUUUUUACAUGUUUUUGAAUUGCAAAUCAACACGUGAAAAUCGCUCAAGAAUAUGUUGAAUUUUGGAGAAUUGUUUAGUUCAGUUUCUUUGGUUUAUAUAAUAUAACCCGUUUUCAGGAUCUGAUUUUUGUUCUUUUGGUUGUGCUGUGUCCAUUGUAUAGAGCGAGAGAGUGUAGACACAUGUGAGUUCAUUUUGGGUCCAGUUUGGUUAAUUCUGGGGCCAAACAAAUUACUGUAGGCUAUUUCUUUCUACACCCCCACAGUUUUCAUGUGGGUUAAAAGUCCAAACUUCCACCUUGCUGCUAUCAUCCCUUGUGUAGGAGUUACUGCAUUGAAACAAAAACUUACAAAGAGUUGAAAAGGAAAAGAGAACAAUUUCAGAAUUUGUCUGCAUUGAGAGUGAUGGAAGCUUAUUCCAAUUUGUUUACUACUUCCAUAUCAUAAUGACAAAUGUUCUGCUAUGUGGCAUCAAUCUGGUAUGCAAAAGGGUGACAAAUCUAGAACCUCAUGUAUAUCUGAACUUGGUAUAUGAAGAAAAAACUCAGCUUUUCAAAAUCUUCUAAACCUUUCUCUGGUUGUAAGGGAAAACAAUUUACUCAAAUAUGUUUUCAACAAAGUUUCUUUCAAUUCUUAUUACCCUUUGCUUAUAUCUAUCCAAUCAUGGCUUUAAAGCUUCAGGAGAUGAUGUUACUGAAUCACCAAUAACAUGUUUGAAUUGCUCCAAAUGUGAAGAAGAGCCUUGUCAAGAACAACCCUCACCACCACCACCACCACCUUAUGGUUACUCUAUAUAUGGAGCACCACCUCCUCCAAAAGAGAAAAAACCUAGCAAGUGUCCUCCUCCUCCUCCUCCUGCUGCAGAUGUUGAGUGCUGCACUCCUGCAGCUCCUUUUUCUCCUCCAAAUCCCUACACUCCUGUGCCCUAUGGUGAAGGCCAACGCUCUGCUUCAAUGUUUCUGCAAGUUCUUGUGCCACUCAUGAUGCUUUUUUCCUCCUUUAUUUUUCUCUUCUGAUUUUCGUUGCUCUUCAUUUGUUUAUCAUAUGUAUGCAGUAUUACAUAUAUGUCAAUUCCUAUAUAAAUUGUGCUGUGAUGUUCAACGUUUUGAUGCAGCUCCAGAUUUGUUCAAAGUUCAAUAAGCAUCUAGUUUUGUUUCAA